AUGUAUGAGUUUACCUUCAAGAUUCUCGUCAAAACUGGCUUUUCCAUAACUGCUUUGAAAGCAGUGUACAAUACACUAAAUUAUAGAACAAAAUCAUACUUGUCAUACUCAUCUAAAUUUUCUUCCUUUUCUAAAUUGACCGUGAAGGAUUUAGAUCUUCAAGGUAAGCGAGUCUUUAUUAGAACUGAUUUUAAUGUUCCACUAGAUGGUAAGAAAAUUAUUUCUAAUCAAAGGAUUUUGGCUGCUUUGCCGACUAUUAAAUAUGUUUUAGCAAAUAAUCCGAGGUAUAUUAUUCUAGCUUCUCAUUUAGGUAGGCCAAAUAGUGAAAGGGAUGUAGGACUGUCUUUGGCCCCUGUUUCCAAUGAAUUACAAAAAUUAUUGAAUAAACAAAUUAUCUUCGCAAAUGACUGUGUUGGUCCAGAAGUUGAAACUAUAUGUAGGCAAUCUCCUCAUAAUUCAAUAAUAUUAUUGGAGAAUUUAAGAUAUUAUAUUGAAGAAGAAGGUUUUAAAAAAGUUAAUCAUGAAAAAAUCAAAGCCUCUAAAGAAGAUAUUGAAAAGUUUAGAUGUCAGUUGUCUUCUUUGGCUGAUUUAUAUAUUAAUGAUGCCUUUGGUACUGUUCACAGACCUCAUUCUUCUAUUGUUGGUCUUAAUUUCCCACAAAGGGCUGCAGGUUUUUUAUUAGCUAAAGAAUUGGUAUGUUUUAACAAAGUUUUAGAUAAUCCAAAGAAACCAUUUUUAUCCAUAUUAGGUGGAUCUAAAGUAGCUGACAAGAUUCAUCUGAUUGAUAAUUUAUUAGAUAGAAUUGAUCUUCUAAUAAUUGGUGGUGGGAUGGCUUUCACUUUUAAAAAAAUAUUGGAAAAUAUGCAAAUUGGUGAUUCUAUCUUUGAUAAACAUGGUGCCAGAAUUGUUCCCGGCUUGAUGAAUAAGGCUAGAUCUAAAGGUGUUAAAGUUAUUUUACCGACUGAUUUUGUGAUUGCCGAUUCAUUAUUGGACAGUGCUAAUAUUAAGAUAGUAUCUGAUAAAGAAGGUAUUCCAUCUGGUUGGAAGGGGGUAGAUAUUGGACCAAUUUCUAGAAAGUUAUUUGCUGAUGCUAUGAGUAAAGCUAAAACAAUUAUUUGGAAUGGUCCUCCAGGUGUCUUUGAAUUUAGCAAGUUUGCCGUUGGUACCAAAUCAUUAUUAGAUGAAGCAGUUAAAUCCUGUAAAAAUGGUAAUACGGUGAUUAUGGCCGGUGGUGAAACGUCUACCAUUGCUCUAAAAUAUGGUGUUUCUGACAAGAUUUCUCAUGUUUCUACUGGUGGUGGCGCUUCUUUAGAAAUACUAGAGGGCAAGGAAUUACCAGGUAUCACAUUUUUAUCGGAAAAUAAAUAA